AACGGCCGAAUCCCAGUCUGACCGGUGUCUAAGUAAAGUUUUCCUUCAAGGUCAGAAACCGAAAAUGAAGCUACAGAGACCGCUACAGGCCGAUGUGCCUUUUCUCUCCACGCCUGGUAAAACCUCAGCAUUGUUUUCAAAGACGAAAUUUUUCGGUUUAAAAUGGGCAAAAACAGGGAUUGCCUUUGGAACUGUAGGAGUAUUGGCCUUUUUUUAUGCCACAGACUGGAAAGUAAUUGUAAAGAAAAUACCAUACUAUAGACAACAGUUUCAAGAAGAAGAAGAAUCUGAAGAAAAAUAGCCGGACAAGUUUAUUCUAUUAAUGUAUGUGUCAGUUUCGUUUAAAAGAAGUGCAACAUUUUGUGAAUAAAGUUAGUUAUUUAUCAUCAGACUGAAUGGACAAUGCUGUUUUAAAAAAAGCAACAACAAAAACAAUAUUUGUUUACUUGAUGUAGCCAUGCUGUUAAUAAAUAUGUUUGAAUGCUA